AUGGCUUUUCAAAAUAACCUUGUUAUAGUUGCCAUUUUAUCUAUCAUCUUGGGGGCAAUGGCACAACCCCCAGCCACGUCCAACGAUGAAUUUGAUCCCUCUACAUUUUUUAAAACAUUUGAGCAAUGGAUGGCACAGUUCGGACGCACUUACAUUGACAAUGGAGAGAAAGAAAGGCGUCUCACCAUGUUCGCGAAGAACAUGCUAUUUGUAAAUAACUUCAACAGCCAACGGAAUAAGACUUACAAGUUAAGAGUCAACUUGUUUUCUGAUAUGUCCAAUGAAGAAUUUCUCGGACUUUACACUGGAUUUCAAGCUCCCAAUGUCACCUUAAACUCAAGCUCAUUCCGAGGACAACGUAAUAUGAAAUCUUUUAGGUACCAAGACCUGUCUGAAACUGAUGUUCCAACUAGAAUUGACUGGAGGGAACAAGGUGCCGUUACCCCCGUCAAGGAACAAGGACAAUGCAGUUCUUGUUGGGCAUUUUCAGCAGUGGCAGCAAUUGAGGGCAUUACCAAAAUCAAAAGUAACCAAUUGAUUUCACUGUCCGAGCAACAACUUGUGGACUGUAACAGAGAUCAAAUUAACAAGGGCUGCGGUGGUGGUAAUAUGGAAGAUGCCUUUAAAUACAUAAAUGACAACGGAGGAAUCACUAGUGAAGAAAACUACCAAUACAAGGGUGCAGAAGAGACAUGUGACACUACUAAGACGACUGAAUAUGCUGCCAAGAUAAACGGUUAUGAAAUGGUUCCUCCCAACAGCGAAAAUGAUCUACUAAAGGCCGUGGCCAAGCAACCAGUCUCAGUCGCCCUUGAUGCCGAUGGAGCUGAAUUUAGGGCAUACGCAAGUGGGGUAUUUUCUGGUAAUUGCGGGACAAAACUAACCCAUGCUGUUACAAUCGUUGGGUACGGAACGACUGAAGAAGGCACCAACUAUUGGUUAGUGAAGAAUUCAUGGGGCGAAACCUGGGGUGAAAAGGGCUACAUGAGAAUUCUUCGAAAUGCUGGUCCUCCAGGAGGUUUGUGUGGCAUUGCUAUGUACCCUUCUUAUCCAACUGCAUAA